GUGUGGUUGACAGAAUGCACUUUAUCACACUGAAGAACAUGUUUCACACAAUCUAAAGCAGCACUUCUUCAUAAUGCACAGACAUAUAGUGCAGAUCUAGAAGAAUUUCAACACUCAGAUCAGAGGAAGUUAAAACCACACGAGGAGCUGAGAGUAUUUAAAGAAAGAGUUGAGAGCAAAUGAUGAAGAGAAAGAGAAAAUGUCUGAGUGUCAUCUGUGUCUGCUGGGACUGAUCGCUCUCUCUUCACUUCUCACAGGUGUCAGUGGAGAGGAUGAUGUUCAUGUGUUCAUCAGAUCUGGUGAAAACGUCAGUCUGUCCUGUAAUAAUGCUCUUCAUGAUGCUCUUCAUGACUGCAACUCAACUACAUGGAUCUAUAACAGUCAUUCAGCAGCAGAUGAACUGAUCACUAAAGGGAUAAAGAAGAAAGACAUCCAGAGACAUGAGAGACUGAGUCUGGGAUCUGACUGCUCUCUGAACAUCAGGAACAUCUCAACAGAAGAUUAUGGAUCUUACACCUGUCAACAAUGGAUUGAUGUGGAUGGAAAAGACCAAAAACAAGGAAAUGACACUCGUGUUGAUCUGCAUGUUCUUCAUGUCUCAUCCUCACAGACUCAGAUCAGUUCAGGUCUCUCUGUGUCUCUCUCCUGUCGGCUGUAUUCAUAUCCUCGAGUCUCUUGUGAUGAUUCGGGUCGUUCUGAGGGAAUUCAUCUGUUCUGGGUGAAUCCGGCUGGUCUUAAACUGGAUAUAUCAGACUCCAGAUAUCAGAGAUCAUCCUCAUCAGAUCCCUGUUUCAUCUCUCUGACUACAACACUCCUGAAUGAAGAUCACAACAGAGAGUGGAGAUGUGAAGUUACUCAGAAAGAUCAAGUCAAGGCCUCAGUCACAUUCACUGUCAAGAGAUCAGCUCCAGAUAAACCAGAGACAGCAGUCCCAAACUCUCAAGAUCUCUCGACUACAAACACACAGAAAACUACAGCUUUAGCUACAACAACCAGAGCAGGCCCAGACUCUACAGCUCCAGAUAAACCAGAGACAGCAGGCCCAGACUCUCAGGAAACUACAGCUCCGGCUAAAACAACGACAGCAGUCCCAGACUCUCAGGAUCUCUCGACUAGAAACACACAGAAAACUACAGCUCCAGAUAAACCAGAGACAGCAGGCCCAGACUCUACAGCGAUCCUGAUUUCUGCUGUCGCUGCGGCCGCUGUUUUCCUGACUGCUGUUCUCUGGCUGAUCUGCAGAAAAAGAGCUGGUAAUAAAAGAGGGACUGGUGAAACAGCGGUCAAAGAUGAGAAUGAAGAUAAAGUGACGUAUGAGACGAUCAACAUGUCGACUCCUGCUGCUGCGAGAGACAAUGAGCAGACAGAUGAUGUGACGUACUCUGAAGUCUCUUCUUCCAGUAAAAAGCCAGUCAAAUCAGUCAAAGAUCAAGAUGAUUCAGUGACUUACGCUGCCAUCAGAGGAACACAAAAUGAGCCGCUGGGUCAACUUUACGCCUCUGUGAACAAGAACAAAUAAAGAUUCAUGAUACAGAUCAGUGCAUGAGCUCCUCACAUCAGCAGCAGAUUGAUGAUAGUCAUCAUAUAUGUGGAAGAAUUAUAUAAAACGUAUGUCAGAUAUUUCAACCAAAUACAGUUGAAACUACUCUUUCUUUCAGCAUGUAAAGACUGUUUCUUGCAGACAGUAGUGAGAGAUUACAUCAGUGUCUGUGUAAAUUAUAUUAUAUAUGUCACAAAAUUAAAUAGCAGUUAUUUCUUUUUCCACGAGUGACCAUAAAGAGUCAUGAGUUUAAAUAAAAGUGUCUUCUGAUCCAGUCAGAAAGCUGAUGUUUGUUGACUGUAUUAUGAGAUGAGGAUGAUUGAAAUGAUGUUUGAUUGUGUCCCGUUCACAUUCUUCCGUCGAAACACCACAACAUCCAGAAAUCAGAAGAAAAUCUAAACGAUGAAGACGAUUAAGAUGUUUUGUGCGGAGAUGAUUUAUAUUUUCAUCAGUCCCUGUUCUCUUGGUUUCGUGUCUCUCCUCACUGAAUGUGGUUGUUUUGUCUUCAUUAGUCUACAUGUGAGUUUAAAUCUUCAUUUGUGUGUGUUUUUCUCAUGAUAAUGUGUUCAGAUAAAUAAAAA